AUGGCUGUAAGUCAGGCUGCAAAUGCCGUGGAGAAAGUGCUUGGCCACGAUGACAACGCAACAAUCACCACCGAUGUGAGCAACUAUAACAACGAAUAUGGCAUGGAAAGUGGCCCCUUGAUCAAGGCCACUACCUGGCAGGGCAAGAACAAGGUGUCUGUUGUGGAAAUGCCGAAACCGAGAGUCAUUGAUCCGGGCGACGUGAUUGUGAAAGUGACCGGAAGCACGAUCUGUGGAAGUGAUCUUCAUCUGUAUCAUGGAGUCAUCCCCCAGCUUCAAAAGGGCGAUGUACUGGGCCAUGAGUGCUGUGGCAUUGUCGACAGCGUCGGACCCGAAGCAACCAAGGUCAAGGCCGGCGAUCGAGUGGUGGUUUCCUUCCCAAUCGCCUGUGGUCAUUGCAAGAACUGCGAUAGAGAGUUGUAUUCGCAGUGCGACAACACCAAUCAGAAUACUAUCAGCAAUGCCAUGUACGGCAACAGAACAGCCGGCAUAUUUGGAUACUCCCAUUUCACAGGCGGCUUUGCCGGCGGCCAAGCAGAAUACCUCCGCGUCCCCUACGGAAACACCAAUCUCUUCCCAAUCCCCGACGAAGUCCCCGACGAAAAAGCCCUCUUCUUAUCAGACGUGAUCGCGACAUCCUGGCACUGCGUCGUCGACACGGGCGUCCAAAAGGGAGACGUAGUCGCCAUUUGGGGCGGCGGACCCAUUGGCCAAAUGUGUGCCGAAUUCAGCUUCUAUCACGGUGCUAGUCGAGUCAUCUUAAUUGAUGGGGGUGAUGGAGCCUGGCGAUUGGACUUUGUGAAGAGCAAGGCACCCAAGCUUGAGACAAUCGAUUUCUCAAAGCUUCCCAAGGGAGAAUCGGUCACGUCGAAGCUGAAAAAGAUGGUCGAUGGUGGACCGGAUGUGGCGCUGGAAUGUGCGGCGGGAGAGUAUGCGAAGGGAUGGGCUCAUUACUUUGAGUUGAUGCUGGGGAUGGAGACGGAUACUUCGGAGAUUUUGAAUGAGAUGAUCACGUCCGUGAGGCCGUUUGGACGGGUGGGUGUUACAGGAGUCUACGCGGGAUAUACAAAUCACUUCAACAUCGGAGCACUCAUGGAGACUGGCGUUCGAUUCAUCGGAAAUGGCCAAGCCCCCGUCCAGAAAUACUGGAAAGAGCUCAUGGGCCUCAUCCAGGAAGGAAAAAUCAAUCCGCUGGAUAUGGUGUCACAUCGCAUGCGCCUGGAGGAUAUGGAGCAAGUGUAUGCAGCAUUUGACCGGCGAGAUCGGGGCAUGCAGAAGGUCUUUGUGCAGACGAAGCACUCUGCUCCUCCGUCUGCUGGGGCACCCAUCUUGACUGAGUUACGUUGA